CUGAGAUAGCGUCAGCAUGUGUUAUAGAAAACGUAUAUUGAUACGAUGCAUGCGUAAACGCGUAGUCAUUCGCGCAAUUUAAUUAUCAUCUCUAGAUAAAAUAAUCCAAUAUUUUUCAAAGAAAGCAAGAGAGUCCCUGUCUUUCUUAGACGACAGUUUGUUUUAAUAUAAAAUAAUUCUGAAAUAGCUCGUUGAUGAAAAAUAGCAAUCUUCACAACGUUUUCCAAUCUUAUCUGUGGAAAUUUAAAAACUGUUUUCUAAUUCCCAAAAUAUUAAUCUAACUCGAACUGUCAAGUGUGCCAAAGUAUUUCCAAAUACUUAUUAUGUGUUUGCUGAUACGUGGGUGGAUGUCAGGUGCGAGUCAAGCCUUAACAAGUUGAAGACGCACCCUCGCUUAAGAAAUUUGGAGGCUUACGACGGACCCCAAAACGUGUGAGUCAUUUUUUUUGACAACAGCGUAGGUCGAGCCGACAAGACGCGAUGAUGAACCAAGUUAAAAUCUCGCGUAAAUCCCUGCAUGCGUGUAUCUUACGCACACACAUACAUACGCAUAUACACAUAUCUGCUGUUUCGUGCGCGUAGCAAAGCGAGGGAGUCUCGAAGAAGCGGUCUUCAGUUUCGGUUAAGCAUUCAUCGAAGAGAGAAUACAUAUCUCACUCCGUCUCUCAUCUCCACCUACGUCAUUCCAAGUCACCCCGGGUGUUGUACGCGGUUUCGGGCUUCCGGCUUAAGGUUUUAAAGUCAUCUCGUUCCUCAGCCUCGUUGCUCAAAGGACUUCCGUUCUCCAAACAAAUAUGACCCGUCAUCAUUUCGGGGACGAUCUCGGUCAGGAUUUCGGAAAAAACUGGCGAUGGAAAUCCCGAGGAAUCUGACAGCGAUCUAAUAAAUUGCGAAUCCGAUAGAUUGGGGUAAAAUAAGGGAAGAACGAAAAUGCGAAGGUCACUCGGGGUCCUAUUAUGUGUCACGUGAUAAGUGCGUAUUAUGUGAGGAGAUACGAGUGUUUUUAUCAUGUCGACAGUCGUCGAUCUCUCGGGAUUUUCAAUAAGACUCGCCAAUUUGUGAAAAUUUGUGAAAAUAUUGUCAAAGCUCCGAUGGCGUCUCUAGGGGUGGUUGUACUAAGGAUCUCUCUCGUCGAAAUAAUACCGAUGCAAUUAGCGUGUCGGUGGUAAUUGAUACCUCUCAGCAAAAGAGAAAUAGAGAGAAAGAGAGAGAACACAAAGUGCGGCAAACGAGUGCAGAGAAUUAUUUUCUCCAACCGAGGAGAGGGUGAUCGUUGUUUACCUGCACGUUUACAAAUGCGCGCGAUGUACGCACGAAGGGUGCCGAGAAAAAGGGGCCUCUCCUCUUCUGAAACAAGAACAGUAAGUGCAUCCAAUCAACAGUCGUCAGAUGUAAUAACGUCACCGAUUUACGGCAAUUCCGAGAUCAAGGCGUGCAAGGAUCAUCCGCAUAUUUGUGGAAAAGAAGCAGCCUGUCGCAGCUUCCCGAACAACACAUCGAAAUGUGUUUGCCCUCACGAUUUGUCGUCACCCACGGAAGAUUUAAGAUGUCCAAAUCGUGCAAUCGUUCCUUCUAAUGCCGCGCGUCCAAUUCAUAAUAUUAUACCACCGAGUAAUAACAAUAGUACAACAAAUAGUACGAAUAAUGAACUUCCGGAGGCUGAACAGGUGGAAGAAUUAAGAUACAAAGUACCUGAAAUAAUAGGAGUAGCUAUAGCUUUUGUUGCCAUAAUAAUGAUUUUAUUGAGUAUCGUGUAUGGUGUGAGAAGACGAAGUUACAGUGUUAAAUCUCAGAGGAAUCCCUUAAAUGGGACUCCGAUAAAUCUGAAGAAAGGCUUAUUAUUAGCGCAUAAGUAUACACCUAAUCCUCAAUAUUUCACCUGUACUUCUCCGGGGGUCCCGAUCAUACAACGGGAGAGUCUCAUAUUUCUACAUGACAUCGGGGAAGGAUGCUUUGGAAAGGUCUACAAAGGUGAAUUGCAUAACAGAGACACAAAGGAGAUUGUCGCUAUAAAGGUCUUGAAAGACACCGCCACGCCCGAAGCCGAACAGGACUUUAUGCGAGAAGUGGACAUUAUGUCAACGUUCAGUCAUAUGAAUAUCUUGUCCCUGAAGGGAAUGGUGCUUCGGGAUGCAGCGAAUAAUCCGUGGAUGGUAUUCGAAUACAUGCCGUACGGCGAUCUCGCCGAAGUGCUAAGAGCAAAUUCUCCGCAAUUCAAAUUGUCGAAACCUGACGUGCAACCCUUAACGAAGAAUUCGCUGCAUUGCAUCUCGAUACAAAUAGCAGCCGGCAUGUCUUACUUAUCGGCGCAAAGAUUCGUGCAUCGCGAUCUGGCCUGUCGGAAUUGUCUGGUGGGUGCGGACUUAGUGGUGAAAAUCGCUGAUUUUGGCAUGUCGCGAGACAUCUACACCUGCGAUUAUUACAAGAUUGGAGGAUCACGUUUACUUCCGGUUCGUUGGAUGUCACCGGAAAGCGUAAUGUACGGAAGGUUCACCUUGGAAACAGAUAUCUGGAGCUUCGGCGUCGUCCUCUGGGAAGUAUUCUCAUUCGGCAAGCAACCUUAUUACGGUCACACUAAUGAAGAGGUUGUAAAACUCAUACUACAAGGCAUCAUGCUUCUCCCGCCGGAUGAAUGUCCGCCUGUCGUUUGCGAGAUAAUGCGCGACUGCUGGAAGAUGGAACCACGGGAACGAAUCAAGUUUCCUGACAUCCUGGACAGGCUGGAGAAGGCGCAGAGUAAAUUGAUCCAGCAAGGAUCGUUGCCCAGACCGCCGCAAGGUCCUGUGACAGUACGCACCCCGGAUGUCUUGGAUCCAGAUGGUUACUUGCUUCCGGCACCCACGAGUCCUCGCGAAUAUCUGCAGGCUCUUCCAGCUUUAUCCAAUUAAUAGCGUAUUUAUGACAAUGAAGACAAUAAUUGUCUCUGAACCGCAACUUUCCAAAUACGCGCGCGAAUGCGAAGCAAUGAAAUGCUGAAGAAAUGUGAAAUAUAACUUGAACUCCUCGAGUGAAGUAAGGAUACGUAAUACUUCGAUUGUGUGUAAAACAGAUUGUCACAGUUUGUCAUAUCAUAAGCUGAGAAGUUAUGAAUAUAAAGUACGUGGUCCAUUU